CCAUUUUCAAAAAUUCAUUAUUAUUAUUAUUAUUAUUAUUGUUAUUACUAUUACAAGUUUGUAGGGAGGGGAAGCAAUUCAAAGAUGGCUGCAGUAAAAGCUUAGAUAACAUUUGUCGGCGGGAAUAAGCUUGGAUUUCAAGAAAUAUUAUAACAAUCUGGGAUUGAAUAUUUUCAAGAAUUUGAAGCAAUCAUAAAGAACGCAAACUUCAACCGAAACGAAACAAAAUGGAUGUGAAAUACACACAGGAAACUACCCAGGUUUACUACUUUAAAUACAUGAGAGAAUAUCGAGCUGUGGCCGUUCUUUGGGGGAUUCUGACCAUAAUCUGGUGCAUCCUUACUGUUGUGGCUUUUGUCCAGCCACAAUGGAUUGGAGAUACCGAGUCUAGUCCAGGCUAUGGUCAUUUCGGAGUUUAUGCUUAUUGUUACCCAACUACAACAACAUGGAGGUAUGGCUGUAAAGGAUCUUUCACCAAUUUUGCUUCAAUUCCAAAUGGAGCAUUCAAAGCAGUGACAUUAUUCGUCGGAAUAUCCGCUCUGCUCAGUUUGAUUUGUGUGGCAACGCUUCUGCUCUUCUUUUGCUUCAAAAAGGUUAUUGUGUUCAACCUCUGUGGAAUCAUGGAAAUUAUUUCAGCUGUGCUGCUGUUUCUGGCGUGUAUCAUUUACCCAAGUGGAUGGGACCUGAACACAGUUAAAGACAUGUGUGGUCCCAAUUCAGGUCCUUACAAACUGGGCAAAUGUGGAAUCCGAUGGGCUUAUAUUCUAGCUAUUCUUGGUAUAAUUGAUGCUGCCUUACUGGCCAUUUUAGCCUUUAUUUUGGCCAGCAAAAGAACAAAACCUGAUGACUACAGCGUGACAGGAAAAAUCACAAGAGCUGAGCUGUAUCCUAACUACAACGACACAAUGCGUUCACAGGCGACAAUCAUCCGACCCACCAUGAUGACCGUUCCUGAUCUUGGAGAUACAUACUCAGAAUAUUCCCAUAUUUCAAAUAAGAAAUCCCUUAUCAAUUCUAGCUUCCAGUUAUAAAACAAACCUUUUCUUUUUAACAAUUCCUCAACUUGAGACAACGAAAAUCUUACUAACAAUUUUUUUAUACAAGCUUCCCUUAUAAAUACUUUCAGAACAUAUUCCAAACUAUUUACAUUCUCAAUAAGGUUUAUAUAUUUGACUUGAGUAGUCAUUUGUCUUCUUCAUGUGUGUGUGUCACAUGAAUGCUCCAAGCUAACAAUAAAUGGAUAGAGAAGGCCUGGUGGAGAAAGCUAGAGUGACACUCCUGUGUAUAUAAUUGUAUACUUUUCUAUGUGAAUGUUUAGAAUUGUAAUGUGUAUGUGUGUACAUGUAUGUUGCUUUUUUAUACCGAAACUAAAAGUUUGUAUCACAAUUUGAGUUUCAUGCCCCUGCAAUCUUCAGGUGAGAACACAGUGGCAAGAAACUUGAGUUGUCUGGAAAAACAACAACAAGAAAGAGCAAACCAUGGAAUAAAGGAGAAACAAAUCAUCGACUUUUAGACAAAGAAUUUACUAUAAUUGCAGUAAAGCUGCAAUGGAACAUAAAACACACACACACAAAACUUUAAGUAGGAAGUAAAUACUUUAAUGUAUAUCACAAUGACAAUAAGAAUAUAUAAAUUACAAUUAACAACUAUUAAAAAAAAUGCUAUUUAUAAUUUUGCUUUUAAUCUAAAAUAUUAAUUUCUUGUUUUAGUUUUACAUCCAUUUUUCCAUGCUAGCAUGGGUUAGGGGAAUUCAUAUUAUUUGGGGCAUCGUUUAACACAACCAAAUGCCCUUCCUGUUACUCUUACUGGUUUUUCAAGUUAGGAAUAUCUUUUUGUUCUGCAUGUCUUUGGGAAGCUCAGACUUGAACAAUCAGUUGACAAGGAAUGACAACCAAUUUCACAAUUUAUAACUUAGCAGUUUUUUUUAAUGUGAAACACAGAUUGUAAACAUUUAUACACACACACACACA